AUUUGUCCAUGUCAAGAUAGGAUCUUGGAAUCAAAAUGUCCUAGCCCGCCCCUUUUCACAAUACCGCCUAACAGCUGCCAGAUUGGUCCGUGAACUGUCAAUCAUUGUGACACCAGUAACGCAACUAAGGGACCAUUUAUCAAGCCUGUCAUCCUCUCGAUUCUCAUUGGCUGGAUUUGGGACUAGUGCAAGUCGACGCGCGGCCGGCAGAUAACACACAGAACCGUAAAACUUCGAGUCAAAAAUAACGUGUGCUCUUAUGAUCUGUGAAGGAAACUUGAGACUAGCUCUCACGUCGUGUACAUACUGAGCGAAUACACAAUCAAAGUAAAGCAACUGCUUGGAACUUUUGAUAGCCUAACUUAUCCAGAGACUUUCUAGAGGUAGUUUACUUGAAUUUUCUUCGAUAUGUCGGCACCAACUAUUUUAACUUCUUCGCCGAAUCCCGUUUCUGGAAUUGUAGCCACGAAUGGCAGCGAAAACUCUAAAAGUAACGGUGCAGACCGCGUAAAAAGACCUAUGAAUGCAUUUAUGGUGUGGAGUCGAGAGAGACGACGAAAAAUGGCUCAGGAUAAUCCCAAGAUGCACAACUCUGAGAUAAGCAAACGUUUAGGAACACAGUGGAAGCUGCUUUCCGAACAAGAGAAGCGUCCGUAUGUUGAUGAAGCUAGAAGACUUCGAGCCUUACAUAUGAAAGAACACCCAGACUACAAAUACCGACCACGAAGGAAAGGAAAGACCCUAAUGAAGAAGGAUAACAAAUAUGCUCUCUCUAUGUUGAGUGGGCCACAAGGACAGGUUCAACGAAGCGUAGUACAAAAUGCGGCAGAUCAUUUUGCUCAAAUGAACGGUUAUGCAUAUAGUCCAGGAAUGAACUACAACCCGAGUGGGGAUCCCUAUAAUAUGUACGGUGGACAUCCUCUAUCACCCCAUACUCCUACUCAGCUACAGCCUUCGAUGAACGGUAUGCCUCCACAUGUAUCGUACGCUAUGACAGCCGCUCAGAUUUAUCCCCCAGCAAAUGUCACUAGCCAGACCGGUAGUUACGCUUUGAAUGGCAACUCUGUGAUAAUGAAUUCUCUUACUCCACCAUACACGCAGCACAACAGUCCUGGUAUGCCGAUAAACAUCAAACAAGAGUUGCCUAGCCCUAAUGGCAACCCAGUUCYAAGUCAAAAUUGCGCCGACCAACUUGGGGACAUGAUAAACAGAUAUCUACCAAGUGAGGCAGCAUCUUCUUCUACGUCGUCAAUACCUACAUCGAGCAUUGUUCUAUCAGGUCGCUACUCACAGCACUGGCAAGACCACACUAAUAAUCCUAAUGGUCAUCCGACGAUGGCAGCGAAUGUACCUAACAACGUCUCAGGACCGCGUGGAACUAUGCCUCUAUCCCACAUGUAACCAAUUUAUUUGAGAGAGAGAGGACACUUUGUAGGCUUCCCUCAAGCUCAACGUUAGCACACGGUAAAUUAUAUUUUUUACUGUAUAAAGAGAAUGUCGACUUUGGAUGAUGUUUUCGUCCGGUAAUAUAAGUUAUUGAGUUAUUGCCCCGAGAGCAUAUGACACUUGUAUAAGAAUAAGAAAUUUAUCGGUCUGGGCUAUUACAGUUCACUACGGAUUUGUGAAUAGCUUUGUCGUAUCGGAGCGAACAUUUAUUUGGAAGAUUUCGCAUAAUAAAGAAAUACUACGCCAACAAAAACAGGAAAAAAAACUUUGUUGUAAAUGUAGGAAAAAUUAAUAAACCUCUUUAUGAACGGUUAGAAUUUCUUCGUCAAGUUCUUUUGGACUUUUAAAGGAAGUUUGCAAGACUUUGAAGAUUUUACUUCGUGAAGUGUGGUUGUUUGUGUUAGCCCUUACUCAAUAAGUUCACCUUGAUUUGUAUAUUAUUGUUAUUACUCCAACUAGUGAAAAGAUUCCAACAAUCCUUGAUUUGAAGAUCGUGUUUGUAUAUACAUAAAUAUGAGUAUCUAAAACUCUUAAAGGCCACAUUCUUUUUAUUUUCAUUUUGAAAGAAAAAGCACAUUAAAAAUUUCCAAAACUU